AGGCGCCUGCGCUUUAGCUGCUAACUCGCUCUAGUAGCUGUGGUCGGGGCUCGGGACCGGCUGCCAUCUUAGUCUAGGGACUGAGGAGUCGCCGCCGCCCCGAGUCCCGGUACCAUGCAUUUCACAGUGGCCUUGUGGAGACAACGCCUUAACCCAAGGAAGUGACUCAAACUGUGAGAACUUCAGUGUCUCCUUUGCCAUGUUCAGGUUUUCCAACCUAUUGGUGGUAUGUCUGACAGUGGAUCACAACUUGGUUCAAUGGGUAGCCUCACCAUGAAAUCACAGCUUCAGAUCACUGAGACGAGGUUUCACCAUCUUGACCAGGCUGGCCUUGAACUCCUGACCUCAGGAUCCACCCACCUCCACCUCGGCCUCCCAAAGUACAGGGAUUACAGGCGUAAGCCACCGCGUCCGGCCUUCAUCUCAGCAAAACUUAAGGAAAAUAAGAAGAAUUGGUUUGGACCAAGUCCUUACGUAGAGGUCACAGUAGAUGGACAGUCAAAGAAGACAGAAAAAUGCAACAACACAAACAGUCCCAAGUGGAAGCAACCCCUUACAGUUAUCGUUACCCCUGUGAGUAAAUUACAUUUUCGUGUGUGGAGUCACCAGACACUGAAAUCUGAUGUUUUGUUGGGAACUGCUGCAUUAGAUAUUUAUGAAACAUUAAAGUCAAACAAUAUGAAACUUGAAGAAGUAGUUGUGACUUUGCAGCUUGGAGGUGACAAAGAGCCAACAGAGACAAUAGGAGACUUGUCAAUUUGUCUUGAUGGGCUACAGUUAGAGUCUGAAGUUGUUACCAAUGGUGAAACUACAUGUUCAGAAAGUGCUUCUCAGAAUGAUGAUGGCUCCAGAUCCAAGGAUGAAACAAGAGUGAGCACAAAUGGAUCAGAUGACCCUGAAGAUGCAGGAGCUGGUGAAAAUAGGAGAGUCAGUGGGAAUAAUUCUCCAUCACUCUCAAAUGGUGGUUUUAAACCUUCUAGACCUCCAAGACCUUCACGACCACCACCACCCACCCCACGUAGACCAGCAUCUGUCAAUGGUUCACCAUCUGCCACUUCUGAAAGUGAUGGGUCUAGUACAGGCUCUCUGCCACCGACAAAUACAAAUACAAAUACAUCUGAAGGAGCAACAUCUGGAUUAAUAAUUCCUCUUACUAUAUCUGGAGGCUCAGGCCCUAGGCCAUUAAAUCCUGUAACUCAAGCUCCCUUGCCACCUGGUUGGGAGCAGAGAGUGGACCAGCACGGGCGAGUUUACUAUGUAGAUCAUGUUGAGAAAAGAACAACAUGGGAUAGACCAGAACCUCUACCUCCUGGCUGGGAACGGCGGGUUGACAACAUGGGACGUAUUUAUUAUGUUGACCAUUUCACAAGAACAACAACGUGGCAGAGGCCAACACUGGAAUCCGUCCGGAACUAUGAACAAUGGCAGCUACAGCGUAGUCAGCUUCAAGGAGCAAUGCAGCAGUUUAACCAGAGAUUCAUUUAUGGGAAUCAAGAUUUAUUUGCUACAUCACAAAGUAAAGAAUUUGAUCCUCUUGGUCCAUUGCCACCUGGAUGGGAGAAGAGAACAGACAGCAAUGGCAGAGUAUAUUUCGUCAACCACAACACACGAAUUACACAAUGGGAAGACCCCAGAAGUCAAGGUCAAUUAAAUGAAAAGCCCUUACCUGAAGGUUGGGAAAUGAGAUUCACAGUGGAUGGAAUUCCAUAUUUUGUGGACCACAAUAGAAGAACUACCACCUAUAUAGAUCCCCGCACAGGAAAAUCUGCCCUAGACAAUGGACCUCAGAUAGCCUAUGUUCGGGACUUCAAAGCAAAGGUUCAGUAUUUCCGGUUCUGGUGUCAGCAACUGGCCAUGCCACAGCACAUAAAGAUUACAGUGACAAGAAAAACAUUGUUUGAGGAUUCCUUUCAACAGAUAAUGAGCUUCAGUCCCCAAGAUCUGCGAAGACGUUUGUGGGUGAUUUUUCCAGGAGAAGAAGGUUUAGAUUAUGGAGGUGUAGCAAGAGAAUGGUUCUUUCUUUUGUCACAUGAAGUGUUGAACCCAAUGUAUUGCCUGUUUGAAUAUGCAGGGAAGGAUAACUACUGCUUGCAGAUAAACCCCGCUUCUUACAUCAAUCCAGAUCACCUGAAAUAUUUUCGUUUUAUUGGCAGAUUUAUUGCCAUGGCUCUGUUCCAUGGGAAAUUCAUAGACACGGGUUUUUCUUUACCAUUCUAUAAGCGUAUCUUGAACAAACCAGUUGGACUCAAGGAUUUAGAAUCUAUUGAUCCAGAAUUUUACAAUUCUCUCAUCUGGGUUAAGGAAAACAAUAUUGAGGAAUGUGAUUUGGAAAUGUACUUCUCCGUUGACAAAGAAAUUCUAGGUGAAAUUAAGAGUCAUGAUCUGAAACCUAAUGGUGGCAAUAUUCUUGUAACAGAAGAAAAUAAAGAGGAAUACAUCAGAAUGGUAGCUGAGUGGAGGUUGUCUCGAGGUGUUGAAGAACAGACACAAGCUUUCUUUGAAGGCUUUAAUGAAAUUCUUCCCCAGCAAUAUUUGCAAUACUUUGAUGCAAAGGAAUUAGAGGUCCUUUUAUGUGGAAUGCAAGAGAUUGAUUUGAAUGACUGGCAAAGACAUGCCAUCUACCGUCAUUAUGCGAGGACCAGCAAACAAAUCAUGUGGUUUUGGCAGUUUGUUAAAGAAAUUGAUAAUGAGAAGAGAAUGAGACUUCUGCAGUUUGUUACUGGAACCUGCCGAUUGCCAGUAGGAGGAUUUGCUGAUCUCAUGGGGAGCAAUGGACCACAGAAAUUCUGCAUUGAAAAAGUUGGAAAAGAAAAUUGGCUACCCAGAAGUCAUACCUGUUUUAAUCGCCUGGACCUGCCACCAUACAAGAGCUAUGAGCAACUGAAGGAAAAGCUGUUGUUUGCCAUAGAAGAAACAGAAGGAUUUGGACAAGAGUAACUUCUGAGAACUUGCACCAUGAAUGGGCAAGAACUUAUUUGCAAUGUUUGUCCUUCUCUGCCUGUUGCACAUCUUGUAAAAUUGGACAAUGGCUCUUUAGAGAGUUAUCUGAGUGUAAGUAAAUUAAUGUUCUCAUUUAGAUUUAUCUCCCAGUGAUUUCUACUCAGCGUUUCCAGAAAUCAGGUCUGCAAAUGACUAGUCAGAACCUUGCUUAACAUGAGAUUUUAACACAACAAUGAAAUUUGCCUUGUCUUAUUCCACUAGUUUGUUCCUUUAACAACAAUUUUUUAUAUGUGUCAAAAGUCUCACUUGGGAGUAGUGUUUUUUUCUUUUAGAGAUUCUGCAGAUAUGCAGAAUCCUUUGGUAACUGCAAUAUACAAGAUCUUCCUAUUAAGCCUCUUGGUAAGAGGCAUUUGUUAAAAGUGCAAGCUUACUCCUGCUUCUGGGGAUGUGAGCAAAAUUCGGGCUUGUGUUCUCCCUCUCAUUUUAGUCUGACUUGACUGUUGUUUUUCCUUUCUGGAGCAUGAAUCCAUACAUCAUUCCUGGAAGUGAUGCAAGACUCUUGCAUCUCUACAAAGUAGUUUUGUCAAUUUGAAUUCAGGGAAAAGUUGGUCACAGCCUGCAAAUGACUUCAUUUGGAAGUCUGAUUGUUUCAGUUGCCUGACAAAUACUACACUUUACAAACAAUGUUAACACUGUGAUUCCUUCAUUGUUUUAAGAAGUUAACCUAGGGCCGGGCAUGGUGGCUCAUACCUGUAAUCCUAGCACUCUGGGAGGCCGAGGCAGGAGGAUCCCUUUAGCCCAGGAGUUAAAGACCAGCCUGGGCAACAUAGGGAGACCCUGUCUUUUUUUUGGGCAGCGUGGUGGGGGAUAAAUAAAUAAAAGGAAAAAAAACUUAGCCUAGAAUUAGAAUUAAUUUUAAUUGACUUCAUCUAAAGAUGUCUCUGGUGAUUUUUAUAUGUUCCGCUAUAUAAUUGAUGCUUUAUAGUUUUAUCAUAAUCCAACAACUUCAGUUGUAUUUAAUUAUUGUUAAGGAGUUUAAGACUAGAAAGACUAGAGUGCUUUCUAGUCCAAAUAGAGGUCAGUGAAACAGCUUUUGACAUCAGAUUUUCAUUUGAGAGGGAGAGCUGUGGUACUGGCUAAAAAGAAAGGAAGAUAACAUCCAGUAACCACAGGAAUAUAUUCUCUGUGAAUUAAAAGUCUUCAAAGUUAUCAUUUCUCUGACAUA